AUGGCACCUCCGACGAGACGUAGUCAAACACGCCAGACACCACAACCGGUGACGUCAUCACCUGUUCUGGAGAAAAAAUUGUCGAAAAAUGAGUUAUUGAUUGGAGGAGCUGAGACUUCAGAAGCAGAUAUAGACACAAAUCAGAAGCAUUUUUUCUCGUUUCAAGAAGAAGGAUUGACAGUUGAGGAGUGUGCGCAGAAGUUUGAUUCUUUCGUGACAAAAGAAGAUUUCUUUGCCACAAUUGCACCAGAAGAAGUUUCCCGAUUUAUGACAAAAGCGGUUGCCGGAAAAAAUGGUGGUUUAGUUCGAUGCAUGGUCUGUUCCAGAGAAUACGCAACUGGAAGUGGAAUUCUUUUUCACUUGAAAAAGUGUAGCUUAACAGAGGUCGAAGUAGACGAAGACGUUGAAAAGUAUCGAAAUUCACCGAUUCUUUGGCUGAAAGUUUCUCAAAAAGAGGAGACAUUGGAAAAAAUUGUUGGAAAAAAUUACAGCUGCUUCUCGCAUGGAUGUAGUAAAAGCUUCAAAACAGCAAAGAGUUUAAUCAAUCAUUUGGAUGCGUGUGUAAGAGCUGGUUAUUGGACUUUUUCGGAUCGACCAGACGAAUUCAGGAAGUUAGACAAAAAACCAAAGAAUUUGUACGUUAAAGAAGCUUUGGCUGCUGGUAAUGGAAAAGUAGCAUGUUUUCUGUGUGGAAGAAUCUAUAGUCAUACUCAUGGUUUACUAUAUCAUAUUGAUAGAUGCCAAGUCGAAGAAGCGGACCAACCAUGGAAAUGUUACCGAUGUGGAUUCGAAGCAAAACGGCCAGAUGCAGAAGCUCAUUUGCUGGAAUGCGGAAGACAGACGGAGACAAAAUUGAUCGAUUCAAAAAUGGAAGCGGCUGUGUUGAGUUUCUUGAACAAUACUGACGAUCCAGACGCAGCUACUCCCUCCACAAAGCGUCGUCGUACAGUUGGUGGAGCGCCUCGUGUCACUGCCCGAAAAGACGGAUCCACUCUGUUCCGUUUCCGUAAAUCAACAGUAAAUCGCUCGUUUAAUGGAAUUGUUACAAGAGCAGAUCAACAAUGUUAUGAGGAAACGUGUCGUACAAUAUUCGAAAACUGGAAGUUGGAAUCCGAUACUGUAGCUUUUUCGAAUCGUCUUCAAAACAUUCCAUCUGCUGAAUGGACACCAGAAUUUCUAGAUGAAUCCAGUCAAUUUUAUCGCAUUUUCCAAAAUCGCCAGUCUGUCACAAUUUGCACAGGAAAAUCAGAAGGUCUUCAAAGUACAAUACCACCUGGAAUUCGGUUGAAUACUAGAGAAAGUGUAUAUUUGGAAAAAGGAGAAUCAGAAUCAGACUUGAAUACAACUGUAGCCUAUUGUGGUGCACCCAUCAAUGGAAUACAAGUAGCCCCUGGAAAAACUUCAGAAGGAGAUGACGUCAUCUGUGUGACUACAUUUGCCAACGAGACAAAUUUCGAAUCGGAUUCAAGCGUAGUGCAGUUUUGGAAACAUCGUCUCAUCACUGAAGACGAUUCAAUUGACCAAAAGAGUCAAAUGGAAUUAUGGUUCCUGUUACACAUUCCUCAUCACGGAACUAUUCUAUCGAUGACGUGGCUUCAGAAGUAUGAUUCAACGGAAGCAGGAUUAAUUGGAUUCGUUGCAUUUGCAACAUCGAUUGGAAGAGUGUUGAUUUAUAGGAUUGAUGAGACUAUUUUGAAAGCGGAAAGCUCUUCAUCAUCGGAAAGUGUGUCAGUUAUUACAAACGUGGAGCCUCAUCUGAUCUUAACCCUCCCAAAAUCUCCUGAAUCUUCUUCCCAAACUUCUGAAGACGAUUUCUUGAAUGCUACAGUCAAAAUUGAAGGAGAAGAGAUGAUCAUCCCAAUUAAAUUCGAUGAAUCUAUCGUUCCAAUUGUGAAAAUUUCCUGGUCCGGACACAGCGGAGGAGGCAAUUUGGCUGGAAUAACCGGACUUGGAGCAAUUGCGAUUUGGAACUUAGAUGGAGAAUUGAAUGAACCAAGAAUACAUUUAGAUGAAAGCUGGCAGUCACCUCCAACUGAUAUCUCUUUUUUGAAUUAUGAUCAUCUAGUUGUUGGAUUCAAAGAGAGAUUAGUGAAAGUUGUGAAUAUUGACUCGUGGGAUGUGAAGUUAGAAGAGAAUACAAUGAAGACUGCUGGUGCUCGCGUCCACACCGAUUCUCGUAUCGUUCACAGUUUCUUCACAUUUCAAAGUGAAUACACAUCGUUCCCGUAUACUCAAGCGACUGGUGUUUCUUAUGUCAACAUGGAUUUAGAUUCAAUGAAUCUAUUUCUCAUUCCAACUGGAAAUACCCAUCAAUUGAUGACAUGGGAAGUCGCUAUGUGUGCUCCGCUUGGAACUCUUCUUUCUUGUGGAGUCGAUGGACGACUUCUGGCUUCUGCAUCCGGACGUCUUCUCAAAAACAAUCAUCUUCCAUUUUUCGCAAAUAGAAAUCUGAUUGCAUUGAAACGAUGUCGGGUUCUGAAGGAAGAAGACUUGAUAGUCCCUAAAAUGGAAGAAUCUGAAACAUCUGCUUCCAAGUCAUCUGAAAAGCAGAAAGAACCACUCGAAGAAAGUCUUGUAAAUCACGAUGAAGUAUGCCAAAAGAUGUGGUUGGAAGUUGCAUUUGAUGAGCCAUUCGAACCAAAACGAGUUGAACUAUCUUGCCGGGAUCAGCGAAUUGAGUCGUUGAACUGUGUUGAUGCUACAACAAACUCAGAAUUCCCUGUGGCUUUCACGGGUGGAGAAGCUGGAUUAUUGUUUGCAGUGCCCAGUAAACUUGUUGUCAAAAAUAUGAAUCUCUAA